AUGGAUGAAACCGGGUGCCCGACCGUGCCAACCAGACCUGUCAAAACCAUCGCGCGCAAAGGACAAAAGCAGGUCGGCUCAUCAACAUCUGCCGAAAAAGGCACCAAUGUGUCUUUGGCUUUGGCCGUCAGCGCUAGUGGCCAGUCUAUACCGCCAUUCUUCCUCUUUCCCCGAGUCAACAUCAAAGAGAUUUUUAUGACUCAUGCGAGUCAUGGCGCUGUUGGUGUUGCGAACGGUUCUGGUUAUAUGAACUCUGACGUAUUUCCUCAAUUCAUGCGUCAUUUCAUCAAGCACACCGGUGCUAAUGCCGAUUCGUCAACCAUGUUGCUGCUGGACAACCACGGUUCGCAUUUAUCGAUCGAGGCGAUAGAUUUGGCGUUGGAUCAUGGCAUCACGUUGCUGUCUUUUCCGCCGAAAUGCACGCACAAAAUGCAGCCGCUAGAUGUUGCGGUAUUUGCACCAUUUAAAGGCAUGAAGACCUUGAAGCAUGAUGCAUGGAAAAAGUCCAACAUUGGUGUCACUUUCGAUCUGCAUCAUGUGCCGCUCCUUGUCGAUCAGUGCCUCGAUGUUAUGUUAACGCCGCAAACCAUCAAAUCCGGCUUCCGACCAACUGGCAUCUACCCGUUCAACCCGCAAAUUUUCACUGAAGUUGACUUUGUCGCUUCGGAACUGAGCGCCGAAAAUUUGUUCGGUGACGAAGAGAAAGACGCCGACAAUCAACGUCGAGUUCUUGCCUCUGGUGAUGCCAUUGUGACUGCUGCGAAUGAGGAGGUGUCAACGUCGGAGGCAUCGACAAGUGCCCCAGCUUCAACAAAUGGUGCUGCAUCAUCGUCGUUGUCUCUUGUUUCGGCUCCACAGCUCCGUGAUGCAUUGAAAUCGGUUGGCCCGUUGAAAUUGGGCACACCUGCGCCGAAAUCAAAACCUGGCCGCAAGACAAUGGAGUCAACGAUUUUGACAUCGCCUGAGGCAGCCGAUGAACCAGCAGCCAAGAAGCAAAAAGGCCGUGGCAAAUCGAAGACGCCACGGAAGAGAAGCCCGUCUCCGACCGAAACCGACAUCGAAGAGGACUUCGAUCUUUGCACGAUUUGCGAGAAAAAGAUGCCGAAGCACGAGAAUCGUCAAAACACGGCCCAUUGCAUCGUUUGUGAUCGAGGGGUUCACUUGAAAUGUGCCGGACCGAACCCGAACACUUACAUCUGCAUCCACUGCGAGUCGGAAUAA